GGACGGAUAAACCAUAUUUCGGAAAAAUUCCUGCGGCGUAUAAACGCAGUUUACGUGUGUUUAGCCUCCCUGCAGCGAGCUCUAUAAACCUCCCGGUGUGACGUCCUCGUUUGACGCACAUCUGCCGGCGAGCAAAAAGCCGAACCAAGCAACAAAUUAGCAGCAGAAUUCCUGAAGACAUCACACACGUUUCCCGAGUGUCCUCUCAUUACCUGUAGUUUAAGCUCCGCGUCUCCGGCUGGACACGCGCUCAAUAGUGAGAGUGUUUCUCAGCUGGACGAGAGGAUAAACGUUCACUCUGUCAGAUUUGGAGGUCGACAGCGUCUGACUGUGUGUGUGUGUGUGUGUGUGUGUGUGUGUGUGUGUUUGGAUGACUAAGGAGGCAUGGCGUGACUCUUAAGGAUGUUUAUUCUGAAGAGGGUCUGGUAAAAAUCAUUGAAUGAAUUCCCUGCUUGUCUAAUUUUUUUUUUUCCAGCGGCGUGUUUUUUAAUUUUGCUCAGGAUGGACAGAUCACCAGUGAUGGAGAACAAUUUGUCACUUCGUUUGCUCGUCUGAAAGAAUGCAUCCCUCCACAGCGAUAAGUCCCCCAGCACACUUGCCAGAAUCAAGCGGCAGAGAAGUUGGACUAACCAGAAUAUCAAGCAGCAGCCAGGUUAAGGUGUGCACUCUUCAGGUUCAAGGACAACAAUUUCCCAUCCUUCCUCUGUAGGCAUUCUGGAGCAAUAAGACUUGACUACACAAAUGUGUAUCCUCCCACAAAGGCAGCAUAUAAAUCUUCGAAGAGUGUAGAAUUAGAUAUCAGUAUGACGGAGUUCAAGGACACAACCAACCGCCAUCUCAGGCACAAACUUCAAAGUCUGGGUCGCCGUCUGGAUGAGCUUGAGGAGGCCACAAAUAAGCUGCACAAGGCUGAGGAUGAGCUUCUGGACGUCCAAGACAAAAUCAUUCAGGCCGAGGGAAGUAACUCAUCCUUGCUCAGUGAUGUCGAAGCACUUCGAAAAAGAGUUCUUAAAAUUGAAGGGAAGGAUGAGGAGGUGAGAAAAGCAGAAGAUCUUUGCCGAUCGUUAAAGGAGAAGCUUGAAGAGGAAGAGACUCUUACUAAGGAGCUUAAAUCGGAGAUUGAGCGUCUUCAGCUCAAAAUGACCGAACUGGAGAAGCUAGAGGAAGCAUUUGGGAAGAGCAAAUCAGACUGCUCGCAGCUCUGCCUGAGCCUUAAUGAGGAAAAGAAUCUUACUAAGAAGCUCUCGGCUGAGCUAGAGGCCCUGAAGGGCAGAGUAAAGGAAAUGGAUUCCUCUGAGGCAUCUCUGAACCGUGCAGAGCAGGCCCUGACCACAGAGAUGGAGAAACUAAAAGGCCUCACUCAGACAUUUGUUAUGGAGCGCAAAAAGCUUCUGGAAAAACAGAGAGAAGAUGAGAAAAUCAUUCUCAAAUUAACUGAAAAACUUGAACAGAAGAGUAAGGUAGGUUUGUUAGAUCAUAGUUUCAACCAGUCCCAUGAUCUUAUAAUUGAGGACGACCUCUCAGCUGGCCUCAGUAGCAAACUGGCACGUAAGAAGAAGCUCUCGCAUGAUUUGGGCUUGAGAAACAAAUCGGAGAAUGAGAAAAACAGCCUAGAAGGGCAGGAGGACAACAAGAUCAAAGACCUUACACAAGAAGUAGAGCAUCUAAAGAGCCGUCUGAAGCGGCUGGAGAUGGUAGAAGGGGACCUAAAAAACACAGAAUCAAAGAAUGCUGAGCUAGAGGAAAAGUUUCAGCAAGAGAGGAGUCGCAACCAAGUUCUGAUGGACCAACUUGAGCAGCUUAAGAUUCAGCUUUUUAGCAGUAAUAAUAGUAGUAAUGGAAGCCUGGUUGUGUCCAGUGCAACAAACGUUCUUGAGAAUGGCAAAGCCGAAACUGAGGAAAUUAACAUACGUGGAGGCUUUAGGCAGGAAAAGAAGGCUAGGGUUUUGGCUGCAACUGAGACAGUUAACCCAAAGUACAAAAGAAGAGACAAUUCACCACAGCAAAUGAAAUUUAAGAAUAAAGAACUUGGCAAAUCAACCGAGAAAUCGCCCACACGGAGGGCACUAAGUCCUGCCCAUAGGCCCAAGAAGACUGGGGUGAAAACUGGUGACACUGGGCUAAAAGAUGGCAAAAGUGCUGAGGAGAAACUCGGAAGUCCCUUUCAGGCCACAUCCGUCGGAUCUGCAAGUGAUAAAAAGUUUUCUGUACUUAGCCGUUACCCUCCUGCUGCCAGUGACCAAAAGCCUGGAAAGGUAUUGGUUAAACCAGGCAAUCCCGAAAGCAAAAAAGUAAGUCGCGUUGUGGCCCCAACAGAAAAGAACAGAGUGACUGAAACUGAGUCUUCUGCUCCACCACAGGAGGUAGCUGCAGUGUCGAGCCUUUCUCAGGCAAAUGGGUCUUAUACUGCGUACAGAUCCCAUGUAACGCCAUCAGGUUAUGUUGAUCAUGGAUCUGAAGGUCACUCGUCAGCCUCUGAAACAGAAUCUGUUGGAUCAAAGCGAUCAGUGGGUGAGCAAGACACUGCUCAUGUAUCAUCUGUUUUAAGGAGCAGACCAAUAGAUUCCAAGUUUUCAAGGUACACACGAUUGCAAGAUUCUCACUCGGGGGGAUCUUCAACAAGGAGCUCUUAUGAUGAAGAGCAGCACAGGGCACUAAUGAGUGGUGGAGAAGGUGAACCUCAGGAACCAUUACAGGUAUCCACUGGGAUUGAAAUCCAACGUGUGUGCAGUCCACGUGAGUCUCUAUGCUCUAAGGUACUCAUCAAGCCUGCCAUCGUAGAGUAUGAUAUGAAGGAAAUGAUGUCAGGUGGGAGCAUAGAACCAACACAUAGCAAUGAGAAACCAAAAAUAGCCACCAAGCCUAGCAAAAUGACCAGCAGCAUUACUUUCUAUCCCAAUGACCCCAGCUCUUCUCGAACCAGCAGUCGAAGCAGCAGCGUUUCAAGUGAACCUCCGGCCAAGGAGCGACACACUUCCACCAGCAACAUUGUCAUUGUUCCAAAUGCUGAGCUCAGAGGCAGCAUCACAAUCCCAUAUGAAAUAUCCAUUCCCAAGAGCGAGAUUACUCUAAGGCCAUGUGAGGGUGAUACCGAUGACUCAGAUCUUCGAGAUGUCUUGGAGACAGCUCAUAUAGAAACCACCGUUCUGUCCAGAAGCAGUUUGAACUUUCAGUCACCGGAAAUAUCCUCUGAGCUGAACAACAGUGAAUCUGGUUUUGAGAGCAGUGGAAGCGUUACUACUACCACCACUACUACCACAGUCACUAGCCGCAGAAGCCACACCAACGACCACGAAGAUAACGUGCCAGAGAUGAAGAAUGUGACCGUUAGAAGUGCAUGGAGGACUCGAGGUGCAGUAUCUGUGGACCAACUUAGUCAGGGACCAAGACAUGAUGGUUUGGAGGAUGAAACGGAACCCUCAACAUGGAGAGCCUACAGAGCUACUACUAUCCUGGACACGGAUGAUAAUUUAACGUCUCCCAGUGUCCCCACACGAUGUGGAAAGCCAAGCCCAGCCGAGAGAUACAUGCGGAGGAUCAGUACUGGAAAUAUUGGUCGGGAUUCCCUGGAGUUGUCUCGCAGGCACAAGAACGUGUCCCAGAUUGAUCAAACAAUUAUCUCUCAUGAGCCUGUCUGUGCCCAGCAGCUGCAACCAAGAAUGCGAAAAGAACCCCCUGCUGGCGAUGAGGGCGAGCCGUCAGCGAGCUCAUGGAGGAGGCAGUCGGCAGGUGAGGUCAACUCGUCUGAGCGGCUCAGAGGUCGGGGCGUGUUGACCGGCAAGGCUAGCGUCAGAGACGGGAGUCGCCUCUGGACCAGCCAUCAUCAUGACAACUGACCCUGUGCUCCAUUGCUCUUCCACAGAGGUCCCAUGUGAGGCGACGAUCUCGUGUGUUUAGGCUCCGCUGCAUCUCAAUCCUCAGACAUCUCCAAGCUGCACGUGAACUCCCCUAUAGCCCCUCCCCUCCCUUCCCCUGACCCGACCCGACCCGACCCGACCCUGACCUCUCCCACAGCUGCCCUCGUGUGUCCCCGGGACUGGACGCAUGUUCGAACAGAGGGAAGGGGAAACGGAGGAACAGGGGGAAGUGCUGCUGAGAUACGGCACAGUUUAGGGUGGAUCCCUGGACCAUCCCUACUGUGGAAGUGACGCUGGACACCUGAGAUUUGGGACGACGUGUUAUAGCCGGGCGCAUCCUGUAUCUCAACUUGCAAGUUUUUUUUUUUUCUUUAUCAUUUUUUCUUUAUUUUUCCUCAUGAUCAGGAAUUUUGUCGGAUUCUUGCACAACCCAGGAUCAGCACGCAAACGCACAGCUUUGCACACACACGGGAAAAAUGAUCCCAAUUCGUGCUCACGAGUGAUCUUUUAUGUCUGUGCGCAAAAAAUGUUUUCAUCUUUUGUCUCAGCCUUUAAAGUGCCAAAGUGUCCCUUUUUAUGUUUCUUUAAUAUUUCUCUCUUUUUUUUAAUCCUCUGUCUUUAUGGUGUCACUGGUUAUGAAAUUGCACAUCAGAAAAUGGCAACCAGCAUUAAAUGCAUAUACAUAUAUAUAUUUUUUUCUUUCGAAGACAAGCUGCUUCUCAAACAGCGCAGGAUAACAGAGCGGGAUCACGGUCCAAUCAGUAUGUAGAUAAAUAUAUGUGUAAAGAAUUGGGUGGGUUGGAUGCUCAGAGUGGAGCUUGUGGAACACGAACACACACACACACACACACACACACACACACUUGCACGCUUUGCACAGACAGGAACAAGGCAUAAAGAGAAAGCGGAGUGGUGGUUUUAUUCCCAGUACCCAGAGGCUGAAAGUGACCGAAACACUUUGCUCCCAUGGUGCAUUGCUGCGGGAACGGUACGGGAAACAACAUCUGCAUCUUCGUGCGCUACCUGCUUACACGGGUGUUGCAGUGAUGUCACAAGCCACGAACUCUGAUUGGAUAACGAGGGUGUCUGAUGUUACAGCAGCGACUGUGAUUGGACGGAGCUUGUACUCUGAAAAUGAUCAGGUUCAGCCUUAGAUGAUUUUUCUUUCUUUUUUUUUUUUUUAAACAUACCGAAAUGCUGUUAUGAACAUGCAACACAGAAAAUAAUGGAAGUCGUGGGUCCACUGUCCUCUAGUCCCUGGAAAUUCUGUCCAUAUUUCACUGUAUUCAUGGAGUCUGUCUGUCUGUCUGCAACUAAACCGUCUGUGCCAUCCUGCCUUGCUGUGUGUGUAUAACUAGUUUCUUUGUCCUACUCAAGUUCUUAGCGUCGUGCCGUCACGGCCAGCGUUUCCCAUUCCAGCGCCGUCCGCUCCUGUUUUUCUCACGUAGAUAGACGGGCUUCGUCUAGACGUCUCGUCUGAGCGCUUAUUGCACUUGAAAUAAUUAGUAAAGAAAGUUACAUUUCCAGUCCGAGUAUGUUGCUGAUAAUGUAGAGAGGUGAUGCGUCUUUUUAAAUGUUUUGCUCAGAUUGUUUCAACCACUACAUUUUCUAAGAGAGAGAACAAAAAAUAGUGUGUGUGUGUGUGUGUGUGUAUGUGUGUGUGUGUAUGUGUGAAUGAGUGACGGGAGAGAUUGACUGCUUUUAAGAUAUUGUGCAUUAUGUUUGACUCAGCAGUGCUUCCACACAAUAAAAUCAUCCUUUUACCCGACCAUUAGUUUCAUAAAACAUGCUUUAAAAAUAAUAAAAUAAAAUAAAAAUCCACAGGCCCAACUGACUUCACUUCCUGUAUCUGGGUUUUUCUGGUUGCUGUAAUACACCAGCACCAUGCACACCUUCCACUCCAACCCCAAGACAAGUGCAGUGCAGUAAUAGUGCAAUCCUGUCUUGCUGUCUUCAUGACUCUUUAGUGCUGGAGUGUUUGUGCGGUUUGGCAUAAAAUGUAUUAUUUUAGAGUAAAGCAGUGUCCUAAUGCUGUCGCUGAUUAUCUGGUUUACUCUCAUGGCUUCAGGAAACGGCUUCAUGUUUUUAUCUUUGCACUAAAAUAAGAUUUGCUUUUCUCCCAUGAAAAAUAAUUCUGAUCAAAACAAUUUUAAAAAAAAAGGUUUCUACUAGUUUCAAUUCCUAAAGUCUGCAAAAAAUAAUAAUACAAAUAAAGUGGACUUUCAGUAGUGCAACUUUACACACAGUUCUCCGGUAUUUCCGAAAAAAUAUUCAGUUUUCUGCUUCAUUUAUAAAUAUGAAAACAUGACAUCAGCUGUUCAAAGGAGAUUCUUGUUUAUUUUGGACGCCUUUAGCAUUGUUUUACAGUGUAGUGCGAUUUAAGCCGCGAUAUGUAACUAUUAAAUGUACAAUUUGGUGUGCAAAUGUGUUUAUCAAGUCUAACAGCAAAUAAAGGCACAAAUGAUCUCAUUUAAUCAAAAAUAGUUAUUUAAAGUUUUAACAAGCUCUACAUAAAUUCUCAACCUAGUGUCUUGUUUUUUUUUUAUUUUUUAGUUUGUUUAAUUGGAUUAACAGGUUAAUUUUUGAUUCAGAAUCGAUCUACACUUAAUUGUUUAGAUAAAUUUGCACCAGACGGAGGGUCAAAAACCUUGAAAAUAUACAGGGGUGCGUAGACACAUCCUGUACUUGAAUAAAACUCUGGGUAAAAUACGACUCAAGUGGAAGUCCUCCAAUUACAUUUCUACUUGAUUAACAGUGUGAAAGUUCUCACCUUUUAAGGUUAUUUACUGUAAGUAUCGAAAGUACUGAGCUUGUAUUAGUUCACAGUAGCCUUUACACCAGUACACAAGUCUCUGUGUGUGUGUGUGUGUGUGUGUGUGUGUGUGUGUGCGCCGUGUUCCUUCGCCGUCUGCAGCCGAUUUAGAUUACAAACACUUGCUUUACAUGGCAGCCAGACUAUUCAUACACUUACACAAAACACUCAGCAGGGGGCGAUAAUCCAGUUUAGAUACUACUAGCCACUGUGCUUAUUUAACGCGAUGCCGUGCAUGAAGUAAAAGUACAGAUAUUUGCUGUAUGAUGUAGUGGAGUAAAACAGAACAAAAAAAAAGCGUCCUCUAAUAAAGCUACCCAAGUAAAGUAUCAAAGUAAAAUUGACUUAGUCACCUUCCAUCUGUGAAAAUAUCCCACAGCUUUUGCAAAAAAUACAAAUCGUUUUCAGCAACGCGCAUUUUCAUGAUUAGUGCAGUGCUGCCACCUACUGGACUGGAGUGUGGAGCAGAUUAUCAUCACUUUGUACGCGACAUGACAUUUAAACAAUUUAACAAACAAUUAGUAACUAGUAGUUUUUUUAAAACUUUAAAAAAUCAGAAAGUAAAUAUUAGUGCAGUAGAAUGGAAUUUAAAAUCACGAUGCUCAAAAAUCAAAUUGAAUCAAUAGUUUCCCUGUGAUUCAUAGCUCUAUGGUCGACAUAAAGAAAUCACCAGCUUACAGUAGCCUUCUUCAUGCUUCUAGUCGGUCAAGUCACCGCUGAUCCACAUGUUAAAUGCAAAGAAAAAAGUAAAAAAGACUGUUGUAAAUAAUUGCAGUGGACAUGGACCAGCGUCCCUCAUCUCUCUUGUCUUCUGCAUUUGUUCUGGAUUGUUUUGGAGGUUAGUUAUCAAACGUUGAACCUUUAAAAACCGAUCCUGUUGUAGCCUGUUGCAGGUCAUUUAAAAGGCAUUUAUGUAAAGUAUAAACCUCGACCCAGAGACUAGAAACCCGCUAUUUUUUUGGCCUAUUGUGUUAAGCCUCUCCAUGUACAACUCAACACUUUGAACAGACUGAAUAACUUUUGUUUAUUUCACAUGAAACACCUUAAUGAGACGACGAAGCAGCACUGCAAGGCAAAACAUAACCACUCGCUAUGAUAUCAAAUAUCGGCAUUCAGUCGUGCUCAUUAUUUUUUCUGGAUCUGUAGGAUUUUGUUUUCAUAACUGGACCUGGAAUUUUAGUUUGACUCGCCCUGUGUUCUCUCUUUCUCUCUCUCUCUCUCUCUCUCUCUCUGUAUGUGUGUCUCUCUCAUGUCCUCACAUUGACCUCCAGACAUCACAUGUUCAUGACCAUAAACUGACUCCAGUCAAAACGCAUUCAUUGAAAGACUAAAGAAACGAGCAAUAACAAAUCCAGGCGCAAUCAGCGACAGAGAAAUCGCUCCUGUAGAGAUUCGAAUAAAAAUUCAAAAAAUUUCAAAAGUCCCCCUUUUUGGUUAGACGUGUUGAGUUGUGUUUGUGUAACUUAUAAACUCUUGUAAGUCUGUAAAGGUCAUGCUGAAACACUCCGGUGGUUUACUUUUCUUUUGUUUAUUUGCUCUUAAUCACAUCCAUUGCACUCCAUUGGUUUCCUUCUCAGUGGGGAAAAAGACAAAAAAGCAAAAAUUGACGCAUAUUUGUUUUUUCAGCGAAUGUACAGCCAGAGAGUCUAUGUGUAUAUAUUUGUAAAGGUUUCUUUUUUACCCAAAAAUAAAGUUUCUAGUUUUAACACUUUGGAGGAGAGAGAAGAAAUAAAUGCAAAAUCCGAAUAUGUAUCUUUUGCUUUGUGCCUUUAUCAUUCCAAUGUCUUUGAUUUUUUUUUUUUUUUACAUACAAAAUGGCCUGAAGUGUGUUAACAUGAGUUGAAUACUGAAUUUAGAAUUUUUCCUCUUUUUCAUGGUCUCCUAUUUUUUGUCUACCAGUGUUUUUUUUUUUUUUGUUUGUUUUUUUUUCAAUUUGUCUGGGAUUUUUUAGGAGAAAGAUCCUUAUUUGGGAUUCUUGUAUUGGAAAAACGUAUUUAAAAUAUCUUGUAAUUUUGUAAAGUUGGCCUUUAAUUUUAUUCCCUUUAUAUUUUAUCACCUUUUUUAUUAUUUUAUUUGUUUGUAUCUUUCCACUGUACGCUCCUGGAGAGUUUUGUUGUUGUCUUUUUUCAUGUUUUAAAUGACAUUUUGUUUAUCUAUCUAUAUAUCUAUCUUUGCCAGUAAUAAUUAAUGCAAAUCCACUAAUUUUCAUCAUUCUGCAGUUAUUACGUAGAUAUGUUAUAGAUCAUAAUGCUUAAAAUGUGUAUUGUAGGUGCAUUGGGUUCAGGUUCAUAACUGCUGUUCCUCACUCCGACCUCCCGAACUCGCCAGUGUCUUCUUUAUACGUUGCCAAAGAUAGACAGACCUAGACAGUCCUGGGUCUCGGAUACACACACACACACACAUACACAGAUAUAUAUAUACACUCCUCACAUCUAAUACAGUAGGUGUAGAAUUAAUCAUGAGUACAGUCUCACACACACACACACACACCGUUAUGAGUCUGCACACUCAACCAUGGGACACUUUUAUUUUAUAUCUUUGCUAGAGCAGUGUCUGUGAGUGGUGUGUGAGAGAGCGAGUGUGUAUACACACACACACACACACACACACGGCUAUUUUAGCAUCCAACUUUUUGUGCAUGUUUAAGCUAAGCGCGUUGUGCAUGUUGUUAGAGAGCUCUCCUCCGGCUGCCGAGUCGACAGCAGAUCAUGUAUUCCACUUAAGUAAUAAAACGUGUGUAACAUGAUCCAA